UUGGCCAGCCCUAAUGCGUUGCCCCCGGACUCUUAAGCAUUGCGGUUCGGGAAUUUUAGGAUCUUUAAUAUAGUGCGGGGUUUACGGCCAGCGAAAUGGUUGUUACGUGUGAGUUCAGCUUCGAUAAUAACAGACAUGGCACCUUCUACGCCGGGCAGCUUGUGAGCGGCUGCGUAACCCUUAAAUCGGAUAAAAUCAAGGAGGUUCAAGCUGCGCUCGUUAAAGUCGUGGGCUACUCUAUAACCAAAUGGAGCGAAAGACGUCUGGCAACAACAAAACUAUUCGCCGGUCGAGAGGAAUAUCUAGCAUCACAGACAUAUCUAGUAGGCUCGGAGCAAUCCAAUGACAGACACAUUAUACAAGCGGGUGUGCACAACUAUAAUUUUGCCUGUCAGCUGCCGUAUCAGUGUCCCACAUCGUUUGAGGGUCGCUAUGGCUGCGUGCGCUAUAUAGUCAAGGUACUGCUGAUCCGGCCCUGGAAAUAUAAUCAGGCCUAUACGCAUGGCAUAACUGUGCUGAAAAUGAUGGAUUUGAAUUGUGAAACGCCGCAGCUGAGGUUGCCAGCGCACAGUGAAAACUACAGGACCUUCUGCUGCGGUCCUUGCAAAACGGCGCCGCUCAAAAUGGAACUGCAUCUGCCCCAGGCGGGCUAUGUGCCCGGCCAGCGUAUACCUGUCACCGUGCUGCUGAUCAACAAUAGCAAUGUUGCCGUCUCUGAAGUGCGUCUCUCGCUGGUCAUGCUGGUCCGUUACUUUAGUGUUACGCCGGAGCACUCGCGCGUGGAUCGCAUUCUGAUUGGCAAGGCCAAGGGUGACUCCGUGCUGCGACGCAGCACGCGCUCCCUGACCCUGGACAUGGUGGUGCCCAGCACGCCGCCAACCUGUCUCGAUGUGUGUAAACUAAUACAAAUUGCCUAUCAGCUGGAGGUGGAGGCGCUGAUUAAGAGUCUGCGGGAACAGCAGAUGAUCACCAUGCCCAUAACGAUAGGCACCUGGCCGUUGGGCAACAGCUCAUCCGCCUCGGAUGUGGUGCAGCACCAACCACCCAGACGCAGCGAACGCUACGAGUCGCCGGCGGAUGAGCUGCCAGUUGUAACAGCGCUGGCAAACCAGCUCAACUCUCCCGAUAUAGGUAAGCACUUCCAGGACAUACGCCAAUCAGCAUCUCUUCUGAUAGCAUUAAUUCUUUUGAAAGCUCUGCCUACGUUUGAGGAGUCAAAGCACACGCUGCACGGCAACAUUAACGAGGAGGAGCUUUAUGCGUUCGGAGUCAACGAAUUUGCGCCCUUAUAUCCGGUUUACAGCAUUCCAAGUCCUGCACCCGUUCUUUCGGCCAACAGUCGGAAUAUUGGAUUCAUCAACCAAAGCUUUGAAAAGUAAGCUUUGUUGGCACUUGGGUGGGGGUUGUUAAAUAAGCUCGAGAAUUUUGAUUUGCAUAUAAAUAUUUACUAAGAAUUGUUGAAAUAUAUUUGCGUUUGUAGUACAGAU